AUGGCCUUGACUUCCAACGUUUUCGUGGAGCCUCCGCAUUGUCAGGAGUGCAACGUCCGAUAUCAGAUUGCCAAGGCACGGCCAAACGAGGAACCAGAAAGCUAUACAAGCCAAAUAACCAAAUUGGUAUCGGGUAUCAUUGACCGGGAGAGGGAUCUGAACGACCGACGUGAAGUCAAGAGGCCGAUAUCAGAUUUGAAGAUGCUCGAAAAGGCCAUGGUCCCAUGGGCCUUGGCGUGUGACCAUGCCGAGUCGGGGCUAGUGCCCGCCUCGAGCUUUCUCGAUGUCUUGGCAUCAAAUAAGCGUGAGAAGGUUACAGCGAUGAAGCUCACCAAUCACUCCGCAGUCCCUGUUUAUACCAUCUCUGGUUCUUCCACUGCCCGCCCGCUUCCAGAAUGGUUGGCCCGGAGACGGAAGCGAAGUUUGAAGACCGAUCCCGAGUAUGCGAACAGAGUCGAGUUACUGCAGGAUUUCGAGUUCGAAGAAGCUAGUCAGUGCAUUCGAGUUAGUGAAGAUGGGCAGUGGGUGAUGAGCACCGGGACCUACAAACCCCAAAUUCAUACACACUAUUUGCCGCAUUUAUCUCUUUCAUGGGCGCGUCAUACUAUUUCCUUGAAUACGACCUUCCAGCUUUUAUCCUCCGAUUACUCGAAAUCUUUGCAUUUGCAGGCGGAUCGAUCGCUAGAAUUCCACACUCCACAAGGAUGCCACUAUACGAUGCGCUUACCUAGAUACGGCCGCGACCUGAUGUACGAUAGGCAGUCAACUGAGGCACUGGUCCCGGCAGUAGGUGUCAACCAAGAUGGCACGGGUGAAGUGUUUCGACUGAACUUAGAGCAAGGUCGAUAUAUGCGCAGCUAUGAAGUCGAUGUAGGUGGUGAUGAUUUUACCUCAGCCGGCGGAGGAGCUUUGCAGGGUGGGAUCAACACAGGGAGCGUAAAUACUGGGGCUAUUGCUGAAGAAAGCCAUAAUUUAUUGGCAUUCGGAACUUCGUUGGGGACCGUUGAAUUGUGGGAUUCGAGGGCAAAGGGAAGAGCUGCUGUUCUCCUGCCCCCUUCGGACUCUCAACUUGGAGAAGGGAAAUCUGAAAUCACUGCCUUGCGAUUUCACAGAUCUGGCUUAACCCUCGCCACUGGCUCGUCGCAAGGACUCAUUUAUUUAUAUGAUCUACGCUCGCCAGUUCCGUUGCUUAAAAAGGACCAAGGAUAUGGCUAUCCGAUCCACACCUUAGACUUCCUCACACCCACUACUUCCAGCCGCGAACAAACAUCCGACCCGAAAAUCCUUUCAUCCGAUAAACGAAUUAUUAAAAUCUGGGAUGCCAGAGACGGCACGCCAUGGACUUCAGUCGAGCCUGCUGUUGACAUUAACUGCGUUGCUUGGUGUAAAGAUAGCGGGAUGAUAUUGACAGCAAACGAAGGAAGACAACAACACGCCUUUUUUAUUCCUCAACUCGGCCCAGCACCCAAAUGGUGUGCGUUUCUGGACAAUCUCGUUGAAGAAAUGGCAGAGGACCCGAACGACCCGCAUGCUUUUAACACUGGCCAAGCUGGCUCUGUUUACGACAACUACAAAUUCUUGACAGUACCGCAAUUACGGUCUCUGAACCUGGAGCAUCUCAUUGGAAGAACCACACUUCUGCGGCCUUAUAUGCAUGGUUAUUUUGUGGCACAGCGACUAUAUGAAGAGGCGCGUUUAAUUACCAAUCCCUUUGUUUGGGAAGAAGAACGUGCGAAACGGAUCAAGGAGAAGAUCGAUAAGGAGCGAGAAAGCCGGAUACGCGGAAGCAAGAAAGUCUCCGUCAAGGUCAACAAGAAGCUGGCAGAGAGACUCCUGGAGAAGGAAGAGCGCCAUGAAAGACGCCAGGCUCAGAGAAUCCUUGCCCAAGGCGGUGAAGGAGGCAGCGAAAGCACUGUCAAGCCUGAUUCAACUUCUGCGAAGAACGGCUUACUUAAUGAUCCUCGUUUCGCCAGAUUGUUCGAGGAUGAAGAUUUCGCUGUGGACGAGACGUCGAGAGAGUUCUUGGCUUUGAACCCAAGCGGCACAAUUGCUCCGACCGAAAAACGCGAAAGGGGACUAACGGCUGCGGAAGAAGAAGCUAUCGAGGAGGUCCCGGGUUCAAGUACCGAUGAAUCAUCAAGCGAAGAUGAAAGACCAGUUAAAACCAAAUCCUCCACAUCUAUAUCUACAUCCUCUUAUAAACGAACCAAGCGCGCUCCGCCAAAGAUGGAAGUAUCGUCAUCUUCUCGGACAGCCAAAGCUCGCGAUCGUUCAUUUGAGUCCAGAGUCCAGAAGACUCGGGCCAAAACCCGGCCGGCUGCUGUUAGUCGCGCUGUGGGUGAGAAAACAGUCACAUUCGCCCCUCAAGCUAAACCUCGACGAAAGCCAGUCUUUGACAGUGCCAGAGAAUCGUCUCGCCAUACAAAGGAUCGUCGGAAGGCCUUGAUGCUUGUGAGAAGCAGGAUUAGGACAUCCAAGGCAAUACCAUCAGUCGCAGAGACGUGCAUUUCCGGCGGAUAUGACACGUGGUAUCGCGAUGCCUCACUUAAAAUUACAUCCUCUCUUCAGCUGAAUGGAGAAUGGGGAAAUGCACUUUUGAACAGCGUCGGAGGCGAUUGGCUCAAAAUACUGAGAGCCCUUAGCUCGGUCCCCCAAGCAGGGGCCGGGGCCCGGUGGCAUAUGCAUAUUAUCAUGAUCGAGGGUCUUUUAGCACCGCGAUCCCGCUUGAGGGUCAAAACGGAUACAUUCUAA